GAAAAAAAUUGAUCAAGCAGGCAGCAGCCAAUUUUGGAAAGAGCUCACUUCAGUGUGUUGGAGGGUUCUCACUAUCAACUUGGAUGUGAACAGGUUUUCUUUAUUGUAUUGUAAUGGCAUUCAAUGAGACAAAUCCAUUUCUGGAAAUAUUAAAAUCAUUUGGCAUUGCCAACUUAGCCCUAGCCUUCUGUCUGUCAAUGUUGGUGGGCCUAAUUAUUGGAGCUCUGAUCUACAUCCUCUUUACAUGGCUGUCAAGACGCAAGGCCUCUGCCCGGAUUACCAGACGCCCUAAAAAACAACUCCGCUCAGCCACCUCCAAGAGCUCACACAAUCCCAUGGCCAACCGCCUUGGCCUCUACCGGAGCACCAUGUUCGACCGGCGGAGCGACAACAGCCUCGAAGGAGGAAUUCUAAGCCUCUAUAGACAGCCAUCGGUGGAGCCGGUUGGACCAUUGGGGAAGAAGCCUAUCUCAGGAGCAUCCACCUUCCGACCAGUACCCAAGAGCAGCCGAAUGGAUCCGAGUGAGGGAGGCACGAACAACCAAGAUAUCUUGUCCCUUCAUGACAAUACUGCCACCAGUUCUUCAGCAUCAGAUACCGCCUCCCUCAUGCAACCUCAACGGAACUCCUUCUGGUUGGGCAAUAGCAGUCUUAAGGGCUUUCUGCCCACACAGACUCCACCGCCCACAUACGACAGUGUCAUACAUGCUUUUCAAGAAACACGCACCUGAUGAUUUCAAAAUAUCCCCUGUGGAAAUAAAUACAUUGAGCUUUAGGCUACUGCUGCCUGUCUUUGGAAGAGAUAUGGGUGCACUGUGUUACGGAGAGCAUUUCAGUUUUGUGUAAGGUGCCGCUGUUGUCCUCCACUUCCAUAAGUGGUGCUGUCAAGACAAAAUGGGUCAUUGGAUAUUGUAUACUAUUUCAUGUAUGGGUCGACAUAAGCCCCAUAUCAUCAAAAUAACUGGAAUUUCCUGGCUAGCUGUAUGAUAGUGAUUCAACUGAUGAAUUAUGCAUAUAUUGUACAUACAAAAUAUUAUACAUCCAGCACAAGAAAGGAUUUUUUUUAUUUUUUAUUAUUGGAGUUAGUUCUAAUAUAUGAGAGUUAGUCUAAUGACUUAGAUAACUUAAAUGCGCAUUCUGUAAUUUUUGGCCAUUGGCUGUGAAAGGGACACUGUUCAGCCAAAACGAGUUCCUGGAAUGUGUCUAAAUGUCAUCGAAAAAACAUACUUUCACCUAUAGAUUAUGCAUAUGUAAAUAACAUUUUACACAUUCAGCCCAAAUGGAAAGUUAUUUUCUUUAAAAAAAAACUAAUCUUUGCAAAAAUCACAGAAUGCAUCUUUAAAAGCAUUAAUUUAAAAUAACUGUGCUCUGACCAUACUUUAAAUAGUAAAGUAUGGUUAUAUUUUAGUUUACUAACUGCAUAUCCGAAUGGAAUCUAUGUGGAAUAUGAUGGCGUAUUUAUAUUGGCUCACACUUCUGUAAAUGUAAAUACAGUUCUGAAUAAAGUUGUUAUUAAUAUCCAAUGUUA